UCUCUCUCUCUCUCUCUCUCUCGGAAGACAUAUCUGAUCAGUUGCAUCCUUUUGCCGCUGAUCCCAAACAAUUGGUACUGCGAAAAUUGUUUCCAGAGAGAUUCCAUAACAAUAUUUAGCCAUCAAUGACGGUUUCUAUGAGAUAGACAUCCAACUACCAGGUUAACAUUACAAUUAGCACGCAAUAACCAUGUGUUAUCCGUAAGUUCUCACAUAAGCGAAUUACACAUGCUUUUUUCCUUCUCCGUAUAUGGAAAAUUCUUUCAUUCUAAUGUUGAUUUUUGUUAUUAACUCCAAAAAUAGAUCCCAAGACUCAAGCGACCUUUCAAAACCUAAACAACGAAGAUCCCAAUGUAGCCAAGACCUUUCCUUUGAUUCCUUGCCAAAGUCAACAUACGAGGGCAGUCCACGUGAGGAAGAAAGGCCAGAGCUGGCAUCACGGAACAGAAGAAGAGCCUUCCCCUCUCUCUCUCUCUCUCUCGUUUUGUUCCAAGUCUUUUCUUAGCUUCUCCACCAGUACAAGCUUCUUCUCCAAUGAACAAGUCCCUGUACAUCAGCAGCAGCAGCCGAACAAAAUCCUCCAUUUCUUCCUUUCACCAUCUUCUUAUAGUUCUCUUCCCCUUUUGUCUUUUGCCUAUGAUAUUUGCUUAGGCGCCCCAUUUUCCUUACCAUCUUGCCUUAUAAGCACUCUUUUCUUUCUUCAUAUUCCAUAUUUCUGCUUAAUUUCAUCUCUCUUUCUCUCUCUUCGGAGCUCCAUCUCCACUGCCAAGGAGCAUGCCUGAAUGUCCACAGAAAGGGAGAGAUUUGAUGAGGUUGGCAAGAAGAUUAAGAGAGAAGCCGAUGGCGCCACCGAUCCUAUGGGAAGCCCAGUGGGAACCCUAAACAUCAUAACCCCUUGCGCCGCUUGCAAACACCUGAGGCGGCGGUGUGCUCAAGAGUGCCCCUUCUCUCCUUAUUUCUCACCACAUGAGCCCCAAAAGUUCGCAUCGGUGCAUAAGGUCUUCGGUGCAAGCAACGUCUCCAAGAUGCUCAUGGAGGUUCCCACGGCCCAGAGAGCUGAUGCAGCGAACAGCCUUGUCUACGAGGCGAGCGUGAGGCUAAGAGACCCAGUGUAUGGAUGCAUGGGGGCAAUUUCAGCCUUGCAGCAAAAAGUUCAGGCCUUGGAGGCGGAGCUCCAAAGAGCAAGGGCUGAGAUCUUGAAGCUUAAGUAUAGGCAAACUAGUGUUCAGGUUCUGCCUGCAUCUCAUGCUGCUUUUCUUGCUCCUGUGGAUGUGUCGGUGGCUGCACCACCCUCAAUCCAAACUUCACCACCUCCUCCGGCUUCUGCUGCCUCUUCCUCUUCCUUUUCCAUUUACAUCAACCCAAAUGAAAACGUUACAUACUUCGGCUGAAAAGCUUUCAAAAAAUUUUGAAAGUCUUGAACCAUAUGGAGUAAAGGAGGAAGGCAUUAUUGGAUUGACGGGGAGUAGAUUUUUUUUUCUUUCAAUGUUUUCCAUAAAUUCGAGACUUACAUGAUGUUCAAAAGUCCAUACUCACCUAAAACUUGUUGAAAAAUAGUUUUGAUUA